AUGGAAGUCAGGCAUGACUGGCUCUCCUCAUCCCCCCAUGAAGGCUUCGAGCAGAUGAGGCUGAAGAGCAGACCCAGGGAGCCUUCCCCAAGCCUCACCAGAGUAGGCGCGAACUUCUACAGCACUGUCAAGCAGCAGGACUACAGUGCCAGUGUCUGGCUGAGGAGGAAAGACAAACUGGAGCACCCUCCGGUGUCUCUAGUAAGCAGAGCAACAGCUCCUUGCUGCCGGACUCAGAGACGGGCAAAAUAUUGGAUCAGAAUGUCCCAGCAAAGAUGCAUUGUGAUCUUUGCACUGGUAUGCUGCUUUGCAAUUCUGGUUGCACUGAUAUUUUCGGCAGUGGAUAUUAUGGGAGAAGAUGAGGAUGGACUCUCAGAAAAGAACUGUCAAAAUAACUGUCGGGUUGCUCUUGUGGAAAAUAUUCCUGAAGGGAUCAACUAUUCAGACAGUGCACCAUCCCAUUUGUCUCUUUUCCAAGGCUGGAUGAAUUUGCUUAAUAUGGCUGAAAAGUCUGUUGACAUAGUAUCUUCCCAGUGGGACCUCAAUCACAGUCAUCCAUCAGCAUGCCAGGGUCAGCGUCUUUUUGAAAAAUUGCUUGAACUGGCAUCCCGAAAUAUUGAGAUAAAACUAGUGAGUGAUAUACUGCCCGUGGAAUCAAAGGUAUUAAACGACUUGAAAACAAAGGGUGCUGAAGUGGUGUAUAUGAACAUGUCAGCAUAUAAUGAGGGUCGGCUUCAGUCAUCUUUCUGGAUUGUUGAUAAACAGCAUGUGUACAUUGGAAGUGCCAGCCUAGACUGGAGAUCACUGGGACAGAUGAAGGAACUUGGCAUCAUUGUAUACAACUGUAGCUGCCUGGUCCUGGAUUUACAAAGGAUAUUUGCCCUCUAUAGCUCAUUAAGAUACAAGAAUAAAAUACCUCCAAGUUGGUCUAAGAGACUGUAUGGAGUGUACGACACUCAAAAUAAACUGACACUGCAGCUGAACGAGACAAAAUCAGAAGCUUUCGUGUCGAAUUCACCUAAACUCUUCUGCCCAAAGGACAGAGUCCUGGAUAUUGAAGCUAUAUACAGUGUUAUCGAUGACGCGAAACAGUUUGUAUACAUAGCUGUCAUGGACUACUUGCCAAUCGUCAUUGACACCAAUGCUAAACGGUACUGGCCAUAUUUAGAUGGGAAGAUAAGAGAAGCGUUAGUUUUACGAAGUAUUAAAGUACGACUUCUCAUAAGUUUCUCAAGAGACACGGAUCCCCUUACUUUUAACUUUGUUUCGUCUCUGAAAGCUAUUUGCACUGAAGUUCCAAGCUGUAGUUUGAAAGUUAAAUUCUUUGACCUUGAGGAAGAGGGUGCAUGCUUUCUUAAAGAACAGAAGAACGCUUCCCUUCCUAAAUUAAAUCGUAACAAAUACAUGGUGACCGAUGGAGCUGCAUACAUUGGUAAUUUUGAUUGGGUAGGAAAUGCUUUUACGCAGAAUGCUGGAGCUGGCCUUGUUAUCAACCAAGCAGACGCGGGGAACAGCACAAGCAUCAUUAAGCAACUCAAGGCUGUUUUUGAAAGGGACUGGUAUUCACAUUACGCCAAAAGUUUACAACCAACAAAAAUCCCCAACUGCUUCAAUCACAAACUUAAUAAAGCAACAUCAAAUAAGACUGCCAUGAGCAAUGUGAAUUAG